CUCAGACCCAUGUGCAUUAUACAAAGGUUAAAAGGAAACGCAGUAUCUCAGUUGUUGUUGCUAAACUGAACACGCGACAAUGUUUUUAAUAUUCGCAGCGGUUGUUUUGCUACUGCUAAUUUUUUUGAUUAGGUACAAUUUGGGUUACUGGGAAAGGAAAGGCGUUCCUGGACCGAAACCAUGGCCCAUUAUCGGAAACAUCGGAUCGCAUUUGAUUGGAAAAAUGACUAUGGGCGAGGCGAUUGGAGAAAUUUACAGAAAAUUCGAAGGCUAUCCAUUUGCAGGCCUAUUCAGAGCAACCAAACCAGUUCUCCUAAUAAGAGAUCCUGAUAUGCUCCAUCGUGUAUUAGUAAAAGAUUUCAAAUCAUUCGCUCAAAACGAAUUCGUGAUCAAUAAAGAAACUGACCCUAUAUUCGGAAGAAACCCGUUUAUUUUAAGAGGCCAGGAAUGGAAAGAGACUAGGACGAUGCUUACACCUGGAAUGACUAGUGGAAAAAUGAAGAACAUGUAUCCAAUUUUGAGAGAAAUCAGCAAAAAUAUGGUUAAAUAUAUCGAAAACCAUCCUACUGCUACUACAGAUGGUAUUGAAACCAGGGCCCUAACCAAAAGAUUGACUUUGGACAAUGUUGCCAAAGCAGCUUUUGGAAUUGACGGUAAAGCUUUCGAAAGAUACGACGACAUAUCCGAGUUCAACAAACUAGCCGAUGAAUUUUUAACUCCGGGAACUUGGACUUCUUAUAUAUUCUACUUGGCGACAGUGUUUCCAGCUAUACUCAGAUGCCGCUUUGUCAAAUUCGUGCGACCAGAGGUAGAACAACAACUAAUUGAAAUAGUAAGCGACGUUGUCAGUUAUCGAAGAAAAAACAACAUCCAAGCCAAUGAUUAUCUUCAGUUCCUUAUGGAGCUGGCAAAAGACCGCAAUUUAGCUGAUAUUGAAAUCACUAGUCACGCUGCUACUUUAUUUAUUGACGGCUACGAAACUUCAUCUGCAGUUCUAACCUUUUUGCUUCUCAGUCUUGCACAAAAUCCGGAAUAUCAAGAAAAAAUCAGAAAUGAUAUUAGGAAAUAUGAAAAAGAAAAUGAUGGAGAACUAACGUAUGAAGCUGUUCACGAAAUGCCUUGGUUAAAUGCUUGUCUUUAUGAAUCGUUAAGGUAUAGACCAGCCGCAGACUUUACUGUAAAAGAAUGUACCGAACCGUUCGAAUAUACUCCAACCAAUCCAGAUUUUAAAACGAUUACAGUAAAACUUAACCCUGGAGAUGUUGUGCUAACUCCAAUGGCGUAUUUUUCCAAGGACGCGAGAUAUUUUGAAAAUCCUGAAAAGUUCAUGCCAGAGCGGAUGAUGUCGAAGGAAUCGAUGGAUAAAUCGAUCUUUUUCCCUUUCAGUGAUGGGCCUAGAGGAUGUAUAGGUCAGCGAUUGGGCAGAAUGAUGAUAAAACUUGCAACGACUUACAUUUUGAAGAACUUUGAAUUAUCCGUCAGUCCUAAAUUGCAGCAACCGAUCACCUACCUGCCCUAUAAUUUCAUGAACGAAAUCAGAGGAGGAGCUUGGAUAAGAUACAAAAAAAUCAGCGACUAAAACAUACGAAUUAUGCAUUUAUUGUAAAAUUAAAUCAGAUUAGAUAAAACCAACCUACUAGACCCAUAGGACGAGCCAGACAAUGAUCCAUUGUGACGAUCCUGCAGUGGAUAUAUAUCAAUCUCAUUGAAGCCUAUAGUUGUCUAGUAGCCUGGUAAUAUGUUAUUACCUAUUAGUCUUCGUUUUCAAAGAUUGUGAAAAAUAAAACGUAUUUUCGGGGAUAAUACCACGAGAGCUUCAAAAUUACCGAUAAUUUUUCACGAUUGCGUGUUUUCUAUAAUUUCACGAGUCCGUAGGACGAGUGAAAUUUAAAGAGAAAACACGCAUGAGUGAAAAAUUAUCUGGUUCAUUUUAAAGCUCAAGUGGUAUUUAGAGGAUUAUUUCACGUAUGAGAAUGCAAAAAAUAUGGAAAUAAAUAUGUAUUAAACGAUUUGAACAUCUUAACAAUCAAUACAAAUAAAUGGUUGCUAUCAGGAACCGUUUGUUUGUAUCAAAAAUUAGCAUGACAACCAUGUAUACAAUAACAUGGGAGAAUUAUCGCUGUAAUUCUCUCUAGUUAAACAAAUGGAAAAGAGAAUUUUCGCUGUAAUUCUGAAAAUCGUCACCUGUCUUAUGGGAUUUCUAACACAUGAGUGGAAUAAUCAAUAAAAAAAUUAUUGAUUAUUAGUAUAUCAAUGUGAAUUUUUUUGUAUUUAUGUUUUUUCUAAGUGCAUUGUCAACUACUUAAGUAAAUAACUGUACAAAUUAUAUUUUUCGUUCAGUAAAUCUUGUUUUAAAUAACUAUUUAUUUUUUUAAAAACUAAGAAGUUAUAACAAAAAAUACUAGACUCUAAUUGCUGCGGCGGAAAGCCGAUAACAAGAGAAUCUUGAUUCUAAAUUGCUAUUGUCUAGCUAUAAUACAAAUGAAUGCCUGAGAAGCUUUGCGAGCCGUAUUUAUAAUAAAAUACUGCUGACAGUUGUAAUCGUGUAGGCGAAACCUUGAUACGAUGGUACUAUUCCAGUGCAGUACCGCUUUAGUCAGCAUCUUUAUAUUAUUGUGAGCUUUUACAGAGGCGUACACUUAUAUUUAACAUUGAAAAGGAGUAUAUUAUGUAUAUAAUAAUAACAUAGGAAUUUAUAUUAUAACUUACAUCAAUUUUAUCAAAGUGUGUCGACGCGUCAGCUCAGCAUUAAUUUGGUAUAAAUACCGCGCCGAGAUCCAUUACCGGCAGACUAAGGCUGGUGCAAAGUACCUCAAUUGGGAAAAGCCCUUCUAGGUAAGUCUCCUCCCAGUGGAAACUACCUUUAUUGGGAAACGCCCUUCCUGGAAUAUUGAACGUAGCAGACGAGGUCCAGUGCAAAUUACCUUUAUUGGGAAACAUCCUUCUGGACCUCUUCACGCCAAGUGUUCAUAAUACAGAGUGGCCUAAUAGUACUAGCGGUUAGUCCAAACCAUUUGGCAAAUUUGUCUAAAAGCAUGAAAUUUGGCAGAUAUGUAUUUUAGGCUAUUCUAAGAGAUUUGACCCGGAGGGCCAGCUCAAUUUUUGACUGUGACUCAAAAUGGCGCCUUUUUUUUCAAAAUGGCGGAUCAUAAUUUGGUAUUUCUCAUUUUUGUUAACAAAUUUCAGCGUUCGAUAUGUCGUUUUCGACUAAUUUUGAGUCGUAGAGUUCAUAAAAAAUUAAUUUUUCUCCAUUACGAUCAAAAUGGCGCCUUUUUUCAAAAUGGCGGACUAUAAAUUGGUAAUUAUUAUUUGUCAACAAAUUUUAGUGUUCAAGAUGUCUUUUUCAACUAAGUGUUUUCGUCAACAUGACGGCCAUUUUUCAAAAUGGCGUACCAUAAAUAGAUAAAUUAUGUUUUUAAAAGCUCUUAUUAGCGUUUAAUAUGUCGGU